AAGUGCUAAGUUGAGAUGUGUGCUUGUACUUUUUGCCCGACGUGUCCACCAAUUGUACCGUGCGGCACGGGACCGUGUCGUUUCAACUGCUGUCCACCGCCGCCAUGCUGCCAAGCGUGCUGUCCUCCACCAUGUCCUUGUACGCCAUGCCUGCCAUGCAGGUGUAGACCGGUGUAUAGACCGUGUCCGGCGCCGAACCCACCAGACUACGUGCCACCGAUAGUGCCCCAGCUGCCGUGCUGCAAGCCCCGCCGAAUACCGCCUUGUGAGCCUAUCCCACCGCCGCCAAAACCUGUAUAUUGUCCGCCGGUAUUACCCUGCUGUCCACCACCAGAACCUUGUGAAAUGCCUCCCCCCCUUCCUUGUCCAGAACCGAUACCGUGCCACCAGCCGGUACUGCCGUGCUGCAACCCGCAGUGUCCGCCGCCAAUAAUUCCUAAGCAGCGACCAAUCUGCCCGCGUGCGCCGCCCUGUCCUCCACCUUGCUUACCCCUCGUUCGCCGAUGUUGUCCCUGUUGCGAGAUGGACCCCGUAAACCUGCGCAGGCCCCUCAUUGUACACGACAGCAUCUAUGCAAAGAGACCAUCAGGAUUCCCAGCGGACUGCUACAACCGCGGAAACCCGAACGUGCGAUAUACUAGCAACCGCUUUGGUUAUGCUUGUAGACACGUCUGCGUUCCCAACCUGCGGUAGCGAUAAGGAGGAUACUCUACUCUUUGCAAGUGAUCGUUUGUGUGUUGUGUUGUUUGUUCCGUGACAUACUUUAUUAUUUUUUAUAAAUAUUAUUGAUAAUUUUAACUA